AUGUGUGGGGCCCCGCCUGAGGCAAAUGCUGCAGCAGCAGCUGCUGGCAGCAGCAGCAACGGCAGCAGCAGCAGCAAUUUGCCAUCUAUAGAUUUGCGAUUGCGUGCUGCUGUUAUAGCAAGUGGUUGGGACGGGUUACCAGCAGCAGCAGCAGCAGCAGCAGCAACACCAGCAGCAGCAACAACAACAACAGCAGCAGCAGCAGCAGCAGGAGGCCCGCUGCAGUGGGCGAAGCUGCUGCCUGAUGGCAGCGGCAUGUGCGGUGUCUUUGCUGAUGGUUUGCUGCGCUUCUUUGCAACCCCUACAGAACUCACUGGGGGCUCGUUAGAAGGCGAAUACGAUGGGGAAGCAGCAACAGCAGCAGCAGCAGCAGCAGGACCAGCAGCAGCAACAGCAGCAGCAACAGCAGCAGCAACAGCAGCAGCAGAGUUGUCUCCUUGGUUAGAAUACAAAUACGACGAUUAG